UCAACUUACCAUGUAAACUAAUCAGACGAGUAAUAUUUGAAAUGGGGUGCCUACAAACCGUUUUUAAUCAGAACUGAAGAUCUCUGAAACAGAUUAUCAUCAAUGUCGUCUCCCUUCACCGACUCGCUCGAUCAAUUCGGUGCCAACUCGCCGGUAGCCGCCUCGUUUGACGACGGCUACUCCUUUUCCAACUUUGAUUCCACCGUCGCCGAGUCCCCCACGCCGAUCUACGUCUCCGGCGGAGAAUUCAUUGAUCCGACGUAUUUCUCGUCGGAAACCAAUGAAAACGGUCCGAUUCUUCCGCUCGAGGAGAGUUAUGCGCUCCGUGAAUGGAGAAGACAAAACACAAUUCGGUUAGAGGAGAAGGAGAAGAGAGAGAAGGAAUUGUUGAGCCAAGUCAUAGUUGAAGCUGAUGAGUACAAGGUUGAAUUUCACAGAGGGCAAAUUACCUCAGAAACCAACAGAGUGGCCAACCGGGAGAAGGAGCAGGUACUUGUUGCUAAGCUAGAGAAAUUCCAUGCUGAAGCUGACAAGGAUUAUUGGAAAUCUAUAGCAGAACUGAUACCUAAGGAAGUUGUUACAAUAGAGAGGAGGAAAGGAAAGACCGAGCAGGAGAAGAAGGCGUCGGUUGUGGUGGUUCAAGGACCUAAGCCUGGGAAACCCACUGAUUUAUCCAGAAUGCGACAGCUACUCCUGAAGCUCAAACAAAACACCCCUCCCCACCUCAACCAGUCUCCUACUGUGCCCAUCAUCACCAAAGAGCCUGUGGCCGCUGCAUAGUUAUAUAGUCUAUACCAUGUUAAAGGAUUUGUUGCUAGAUAUAUGAGUCUUGUAGCUCUCUCUACAAGUACAACUUUUCAAUUGGUGUUACAUUUGGACAGCUUACAUAAAAGAUUCAAAAAUGUCUUUUGAGUAAAUCAUUUCUUCGCAUUAUUCAA